AUGGCUGAGGAUAUUGGCGCCUGGUACCCGAUCCUCGAAGCCCUUUCUGCAUUCUUUGUUCUUGUAAAUGCAUUUGUAAUAGCGUUUACCUCCGACUUCAUCCCAAAGAUGGUAUAUAAAUACAGUUACAGUCCUGACGAAUCACUCGACGGCUAUUUGAACAACAGUCUGUCAUAUUACAACACCACCUUAUGGAACAAUGAGUCGAGACCGGAUGAGAAGUAUACAGAUUCUAGAAAGCAAUCUGAUUCACAGACUACCUAUGGUCUCCACGAACCUUGGGAAUGGUACGAUAAAUGCAAGAAAAGAUAUCGAAAUAAAGGUCUGUUCACAGCUGAUCAACAUCUCAAUGGUGAUCAAAGCAUCUACACCCGUCAAAAUCCAAACGGCAAUCGUUAUGGUUACGAAUGUCCCGAAGAACGUGAUUAUUACCCGUAUUGGCAUCCUACAGACUGGAUUGAUAUUGCUGUUCUUGCCCAUAAUCAAUCUAUGUGUGAAUAUUAUCGAAAUGAGAGCUUCAACGUUAAAGAAAAAGGAGAAUGUCUUCAGUACUACAAUACAAUUUCUGACAGAUUUCGCCACGAUUCCAUGUAUAACAAUAAACUUGACUGUGAAAAUAAUCAUGGUUUUUGGGUUCCAUUCAUCAACUAUCUUGAAGAAAGGAAAGACCUUGACAGAAGAACAGAUUGUUUGGCGGCAAGCACAAAUGAUGUACGUCUUAUCUGGGCCAUUCCCUAUUGUUCUGAAGAUAUUGAUGACUUGGAAAUGAGUGGACACAGCAUUGAAUCUUUAAGACGGUGUUUGGUGGCUUUAGAUCCUCCAGAAUGUUAUAAAGCUCCUUACACGAGAAGUAAUCAUUUGGGAAAUGCGCAUAAUGUUGUUCCUCUCAACUACACUUGGGUUCUUCCAUAUUUUCCUUCGCGUCGUGCUCAGAGAUGUGUUUUCAGGAUAAGGUAUAACAUUUCCACUGGUGAUUAUCCUCCAUUCAACACUUUCAGUGACCAAAACCAUGCCCAGAAUGAAGGCGUGUACUCUCCUGUGCAAAACAAUCCAACGGUUCACAUUGGCCGAACACAAUUACCAUUGCGACUUGCAAUUAACACGGCUCAAUUUGGACGCACUUUUCAAGACCGAUCCCAUUUAUUCAAACUCAUGCCAAGACUUACGGGCAUUACAAAUAAUGACGUCAUUUAUAAUCUGAACGUCCGUGGUAAACGUGGUAAUAUAGUACAAGUCUAUCCAGCUGUGGAGUAUGACUUCAUUCCCAAACGACUUAAAAUCACAAACACUAGUCUCGUUCACAUCCAGUGGACAGGAAAUUUUGAAUUUUCGACCCUAUUUGUGUAUAUGAGGGAAUUUAAAAUUAUUUACACGCUAAUUGAAAAUGCUCAUCGAUUUCUACAGGAAAACUUUUCCUAG